UUGUUCCUCGCCAAGAAAGAUGAAGAGAGACGGGGUUACAAUUUGUGUUCACUUGCUGAACAUCAAGCUGGAUUUGUUUGAUUGUUUUCUUUAAACAUGCCAAAACAGAGGAUGGGCAGCCGCUACAGAAGAGAAUGGGAAGCAAAACGACCAUGGGUUAGAGCGGCCAGUGAUCCAAAGAAAGCGUUUUGCACAAUAUGCUGUCGAGAAAUAACAAUUAACCACGGUGGCUUGAAUGAUAUAAUUCGCCAUGAAGCAACAGGCAUACACAAAAACGCUAAGCGUUCUGUUGCUCAUGAUCUGACGUCUUCCUUGCGUAUGUGGGUCCCACCUUUGAGGCUACUGUCAGCGUCCAUUUGGCAAGUGGUCCAGCAGCGCCAAGUCGAGUCCUACAACAGGGUGGAGGAGUUUGUUUCUAUUGUUUUGGAGUUGGUCCCUGACCUACUAAGCACUGAAGAAAGGAUUGAACUACUUCUUGGACUGAGAGCAAAGUUUGUUUUAGAACUAUGUCAUGAUGAUGAUCCACCAGUAACACUUCAGAUGAUGCAGCCACAUCUUCAAAGCAUCUCAAGGAUUUCUGAAAGGUCCUUCAGUGAUGAUGAGCAGAUGGGCAAGACAGUAGAUGCUGCUGUGAGGAACUGUGUGGAUCUCAUCCAGGCCCUUGUGAAGAGCCCUGAGUAUAGAAGACAUUACUUCCAGGACAUCUACCCAUUGCAUUAUGGCCAGAGAUUUGACACUGCUCUGCAGUCUCUGGUGGAGGAAUUCCUGAUAAGAUUGGAAGUGUUACUACCAGUGCCAAGCUUCUAUCAGGUUGCCGCUUGGUUUGGUGUAAACUCUUUGUUCCUGGAGAAUUAUCUUCAGGUGGUUCAAGACCCAAAGCCCCUUCAUGAGUUCUUAGAUCACUGCAUAAAUUUGACAGAUCUGAAAUCAGGUCAAUUCAUGGGCCUUAGUGUUUGUGUAAAAGAGGAGAAAUGCUUGCCAUUGCUUCAUGAACCCCAAAGUUCUGAGAACAAAUCAGAAACACAUGGCGACUCAAACGAUGAGGACUGGAGUGGAGGUGUGGAUAGAGGAGACCCACCGAGAGACUCGGAUGAAGGACAGAAUGACACCAGUCAACACGACCAACAGAGUGAUUCAGAGCAGAGCAGCCAAACACCAUUCAGUGGAAUAGAAGUGAAUAUGACCAAUACAUUAAAUGGUGCUGGUGGGCAGACUGUCAAUUGCGCAAACGAGGGGAAGGACCCACCAUCCACAACAGAAGAGAAUGCGUUGCCCCCCACAGUUCAAAGCAGCUUGCACAAGGUGGAUGUCUACCCAGCAAAAACACAUUAUGGUGCAUGCAGGUGCACCAAAUGUGGCAAAGUCUACUUGAAUGAAGGUUGGCUGAACAGACACAAGAAAAUCCACAAACAAAGGAGUUCUGAUUUUGAGAAGGCUGUAAAGAACAAGACUAAGGAGAAGGACCCGCCGUCCACAGGAGAGGAGAAUGCAUUAUCCGCCUCUGUACAAACCAACGUAGACAAGGAGACUGUUAACCCUGAGAGGACGGAUGAUGGGGCAUUUCUCUGCACUGAAUGUGGCAAAGUCUAUUUGUUUGAAAAAAGUUUUAAGCGACACAAGAAAUCCCAUACAGUACAGAAGAAUGUAUCGCGACAGAGUGGAACUGCCACCACAGCACACAACCAGCCAGACAAAACCCAAUACAGACAACCAGCCAGACAGAAAAAAGAAAGGCCAUGUGACGGUACACCUCGAUUGUAUGCAUGCUCCAAAUGCGACAAAGUCUAUAUGCAGAAAAUAAGCCUGGCAAAUCAUAAGAAAAUUCACACCGGAGAAAGACCUCAUGAGUGUUCUCACUGUGGCAGGACCUUUACAGUGAAAGCAACCUUAAUUGCACACAUACGAACCCACACAGGGCAACGACCCUAUGAGUGCUCAAUAUGUGGAAAGCGGUUUAUACAGUCAACAAGUCUUGUUGCUCACAAGCGAAUACACACUGGUGAGAAACCUUACUUGUGCUCUUUCUGUGGUAAAGGUUUUCCCUCCUCAGGAGCAUGUUUGAUUCACACACGGACUCAUACUGGAGAACGUCCGUACAAAUGUGAAUUUUGUGAGAAAACUUUUACAGUGUCGUGUCAUUUGAAAAUGCACAGGAGACUCCACACAAAGGAGAAACCAUACUCCUGCACUUUGUGUUCAAAGCAGUUUCGUUUGCAAGGUGCCUGGAAGAGACACAUGCGGACACACACAGGGGAGAAACCAUAUGAGUGCUCAGUGUGUGGAAAGAAGUUUUCAGAGCAAUCCAAUAUGAAAAUUCAUCUACGUGUUCAUAAAUGAUAUCUGGGUCUACCAGCAACAUCCAAUAUUACCUGUACUGGCCAUGAAAUAGCCAUAGUUGCAUAUUUGGCCAUACAUGUAAAUAAACAAACAAAACCAGCAACAUCCUGUGUUAAGGCAGUUGUUAUUAAACUGUUUUGUACUUUGCAUUACAUCACAUAUUGCAUUGCAAUUUACUUUUGUUUUAGCAUUGCUACCAUAAUUGUCCAUUAUCCCUGUGAUGUGUUGUUAAGUGUUUGUAUGUGUGAAUGAAUGUGAAAAUACGUGCAUCAAUAAAAGGACCUGUGUACCUAUGUCCUGAUAUGUUACCUGUUACCUGUGUAAUGUAGUGUGGAUACUGGCAAAUAAAUGAUACGAUUAUA